GUUUUACUUUACCCUGUCAGUGGUUACACUUCCUUUGCGUUAGUAUUCUGAGCCUUUCGGCUCGUCGUAGUCAGGUGACCUCAGUGGGCACUGUUGCCGGCAUAGAGCUAGAGAGACUUUUAAAAGCCUGAGGCGGUUGUAGGGCGCUGCCAUGGCUCCGGACCCCUGGCUUUCGAUGUAUGAGUCUACUUGUCAUACUGCCCAAGAAGCUGCUGAAAAAAUUCAAGAACGCAACAGAUAUCAAAGGAAUGGUGAGAGUACGGCUAAGCUCAAUGUCGCCAUCAGGUCACUAUUGCAAAAUCUCAAAGAAAAGACUGAUCAGUUGAAAGACCGACUAUUUCAUUCUGUAUCAACACGUCAGAUAACACAACUUGAAGGAGACAGACGGCAGAAUUUAGUUGAUGAACUUCACACACGUCACAGGCAACUCCAGGCAUCUUUCAAAAAUGAAGGGACAGAGCCAGAUGUUAUAAGGUCUAGCCUAAUGGCAGGAGGUGUCAAGCAAAAUAUAACAAAUCCAUGGCUUGUGGAGGAGCCUGAGGAAACAAGGGGGCUUGGCUUUCAUGAAAUCCAACAGCAGCAAAAAAGAAUAAUAGAAGAGCAAGAUGCUGGCCUCGAUGCUCUCUCUUCAAUUCUAUCACGGCAAAAACAAAUGGGACAGGAAAUCGGGAAUGAAUUAGAGGAACAGAAUGCAGGAGACAUUUAUAAAAGCCAACAUCAAGCAUGAAUUGCUAUGGAAAGCAAUUCUGUUUCAACCCUCACAAGAAAUGCAUUUGUGUCUUGAGGGAUAGCUAGAAGGAAUCUCAUAAAAGAAUUCUGUACAGAGAAGAAAAGAAGUAGAUUUUUCCAUAUUUCUGCACUAAGCAUCAGUUGUGUAAUGAAUCAGCUUUGUAAACAUUUCAAGUGCUGGAACAACCAAACUCUUUGAAAUUUAGAUUUUACAUCAAAGAUUUUACUGAAUGUGGUGGUUUCAGCUUAACUGUAUCCAAGUGUCAUUUCAUGAGAGCUAAGCAUCAAGCUCAAGUCCCAAUGAAUUGAAAUCGUGUUGCUUUUCAAUGAGUUGUUUAUCUUGUUUCCAUAUAUGAAAUUUACUUUCCCCUCAAAAACAAAACAAAACAAAAAAAUCUCUGUGGGCUUUGCAUGAUUAAUCAUUACAUUCUCCUUUAUACAGAAGUUAAUUUCCUUAGUAAACUCUGCAUCCUUGUUAGUUUAGUGAAAAUUAUACCUUUGCUAUCAAAAUAUAAAGGAACAAUAACACAUCCAAGAUUGUCACUGCUCAAAAUUUGAACCCACAUAAUUCUUACAUAACGUAAUUGAUAUGGAAAUAAAAGAGAAAGAGAACCAAGAGAAAUUCUUGUCAUACUUUAUUGUUAGUUGCUAUAUCUUGUGAUAGUAGUCUGUUUGCCCCUAAUUUAAACCUGGAGUGUAUUGAAGUGAAGUAUUUGUAUUAAUGCAAUAAGCUUCUAUCAGGAUAAACUGAAGCCACAAGUCCUCUUCUCUGUCAAAUUAAAGAAUGAUAACCCAUGAGAGUGUCAAAUAACUCCUUUCUAUCAUUUCAUAUUUUUAAAUCAAAUUAUGGAUAACAAACAACUGAUCUGGUGUGGAAUUUAUCCUUGAUGGAUUCUUCCUCAUCUUCAGCUAUCAUUGAAUUUCCCUAAGUACAGGCUGUUUCCAAUAUACAGUACAUAGUGGAUACUUAUAAUGCAAUUUGGAGGCAACAUUAAGCAGACUGAAUUAGCUAAAGGGUCAUUAAUCUGCUUUAUAGCCGGUUUUGUAAAUCUGUGUACCAAUGCUAAUUUUUCAGCCCGGUGGAAUAUUCUCAUGAUGAUUUCAGUUAAAUUUCUUGGAGCAUAUGUUAAAAUGUAGGCAUUGAUUUGGCCUGGAUCAAUGCUAUGAGUUGCCUAAUACUAUGAGAUAUGCAUUGACAUUGGCCUACAGUUGCAGUUGGUUCUUGGGAGUGUCGUUUUGAAAAUGAUUAUCCCAUAUUCAUUAUACUUGAUAUAUGUCCUUCAUAAAGUUGCUAUUUCUGUGUGUGGUCUAGCUAUAAUAUCUUGAAUCAUCACAUCACCAGAUCAUGGAUACAUAAUCCAUUAGUUUACUCGUUUAUCUCUUCUCAAGUUCUUGGGAUUGAUUUUGUUCUAUUGGGAGAAACAUGUUUAAACUCUAUAUGGGAAAUGUUGUCAAGCACAUUUUAGGCAUUCUGAAACAAGCACCAAUUUUCUAGGAUGGACACUAGUCAAUUCGUAUGGUAGACAGAAAUAUGGACAAAAAUGGUCCCAGAGGUGACAUUUUGCCCUCAUAUUCUCCAUAUGUGCAGGAAAGGGAGUCUCUUUGUGCAUAGCAAGGAAGUGAGGCCAGUAGAUUGCAGAGCACUACAUGUUUUUGUUACUCCCAAUGGAUACUGCGCAAGAUGAUUAAUAAGUGAAUGUCUUUGUGUUCUCUGUUUAAGUUUAACACUGGAGCACUUUAAAUCACUUGGGAAGAGCAGGGUCAGUCUCUUUUCUACUUCUAUAAACAAGUAGAGGUACUAAGACAAAAAAUGAAAAUAAUUUUGGAUGUAUUGGGAGGAGAGAGGGAGAGAAGGGAGGGUGAAGGAGAGCUUUUUAUAACCAAUACCAGAAGCUCUUCUUAUGCAGCAUGGGUAUGAGAGAGGAGUGAGACCUAUUUGCAGAUAUUAGUGGAGCUUGAAUUCUACAGGACAUCAAAAGAAAUGGAUACAUAUUUAAACAUAGGAAUUAUUCUUGAGGUCACCCCAUUUUCCCACCCAUGUGCAUGCAGUGUAUGUAAAAAAUGUGAAAAAUAGGUGAAUGACUGUACAAUGCUCUUCCUGCAUUUUAUGUUCUGAAAUUCUACAGUAGUUACUGGAUUUAUGCAGCAGCAUCGAGAAGGCUCGUUUUUCCUUCUCAGUGAUGGUGGAAUCCCUAUUUUGAGCUAAAAAAUUUGAAAUGUACAUAGUGUAUGACCUUGAUGCUAAAUUUGAAAAUAUCCCAAGUUAAUAUUCCUGUGCUGCUGACAAUACAGCUCUCAAUUCAUGUAAAAUACCUCUACAUCUCUUGGGAAUGAGAUUGUUGAAGUAUUGACAAUUUAUCAAUUUCAGCUAAUUCAAAUACCUUCAUUAUCCAGUCUUUAGUAGAAGCUAAUUGUUUCUUUUUUCCAAUAUUUUGUGUAUAAUCUAACCACCAUGAACAUGCAAUGUAAUGCUCUAUAGUUUGAAGUUUAAUUUGCUAAUCAAGGAUACCCAGUAAGAAGAAUUCUGGUUUCAAAUUGUAUCGCGAUUUAUUUAUGUAUUACUUGCAUUCACCACUAGAUCUGCUUCCAGACCUUCUUUGCCAACCUGCAUGUCCACCACAUGCCGUAGAAAGUCCCUUCAUGGUUUUUCCUCCACAUUUUCAGUAUGUGCUUUUAGUUCUUCUGUACAAUUUAUCUAAUCUUGCAGGGGCCAGAUACCAUCUGAACAUCAUUUUGUGGAAGUUUUUUUGGAACAUUUUUAAGUAUUUCUUUUAACACUAUGGUCCACAUUUUCUCUUAUUUUCCCACCUCAAUCUUAUCACUUGUAUAUUGGGGCCACUUAAUCAUGCAUUCUUUGGCUCGUUCUGUUUCUAGUUCAUAUCUCAGUAAGGUACGUUUUUCCAGUUACAUGUUCAUUAUUCAUUCAGCGUUUAAUUUCAGUUUUUCUCCUCUAAAAAGCCAGACGAUUUUCUCUCUACCAGAAAUCUGUCUUUCAACUCUCAAUGCCAGUACCAUUCUAGAUUAUAUCCAGACUCUAUUAGCUCUUCGUGUGUUUUACAUCUGUAUUUGGUCAUCUUAAUAAAUAAUAAAUGUUUCUUCCCUCUUUCUCUUUAAAAACGUAUUGUGGUGAUGUCCAUGAUGGUAUUCUUAGCCACAUCUGAAAUAUAUAUUUAUUCCAUAUUCCUCAGAUAGCACAUCUUAUAAAGUGAUUACUAUAUCCAUCAUGGACUUCAGUCUCGUCACACUAUAAUAAGGUGUGCUAUAAGGUAAAAGGUAAAGGUUUUCCCCUGACGUUAAGUCCAGUCAUGUCUGACUCUGGGGGUUAGUGCUCAUCUCCAUUUCUAAGCCGAAGAGCCGGCGUUGUCCAUAGACACCUCCAAGGUCAUGUGGCCAGCAUGACUGCAUGGAGCGCUGUUACCUUCCCACCGGAGCUGUACCUAUUGAUCUACUCACAUUGGCAUGUUUUCAAACUACUAGGUUGGCAGGAGCUGGAGCUAACAGCGGCCACUCAUGCCGCUCCCGGGGAUUGAACCUGGGACCUUUCGGUCUCCAGCUCAGUGCUUUAACGCACUUUGCCACCGGGGCUCCUUUUAAGGUGUGCUAUACAAAAUAUAAAUCAUGUUCUACCCGUAAUGAGGGAUUGUUAUGUUACCAAGUGUCAUUCAUUAAGCCAAACAAGAGUAUAUGCUAUGAAAUUCAGCUUCGGAUCAGAAAGGCUCAAGCCUUCCCUUUGUUUAUCAUCUUGGAAUGGUUUGAGUCUAAUUCUAGUUUCUGGCCUUUCCACGUGCAUUUUUACACAUCUUUUGCCAUUGUUUAAAUAGGAUCUCAUUAAAUAAAAUUGGAAUCAUUUGGAAAAGGAGCAUUUUAGGCAGUAUGCUCAUCUUUAUAAACUAGGAGUCUUCCAAGUGGAGCAGUGGUUCCCAACCUUUAGGCCUCCAGGUGUUUUGGACUUCAGCUCCUACAGUUCCCAACAGCUGGUAAGCUGGAUGGGAUUUCUGGGAGUUGAAGUCCAAAACACCUGAGGCUCAAAAGUUGGGAAGCACUGAAGUAGAGAGAUUGAGUUGGCUCCCCUUUUUAUAAAUUGUGUUUUAUACCCUUCCACACCUUUUCAAAAUUAUCUUGAAAUAGAAUCAUGUUCUUGUUUAUUUCAAGAAACAUAUGGAUCUGUGUUUUAAAUUGUGUGCAUUUUCAAAAAUUGGCUAAUAACAUAGAAACCCCUCUGCAAGUAGGAGUUUCCCUUUUAAAUUAUUAGUGCCCUUCUAAAAUUGGAACAUAAGGAGAUGUUUAAAAUAAGAAUACAUGAUAAAUGACUCAGUAGUGCACUUUAUACCCCCACUAUUCCUGUUUUUUUUUUUAAAAAAACAUAUGCUUAACAGUUUAUUUUUAUUUAGACUACUUUGAGUAUAAAUUUAAAUGGGCAUGAUACUUUUUUGUUGGUUGUUCUGUUGUGAUUUUGAGAUGGUCGGGUCUAAUAUGCGAGUCUUUUUGCCAUUAUCACUGUGUCUUGAAGUGAUAUCUGUUGGGAUUCCUGGCAGGCUCCAAUUAUCUUUCCAUAAAACUUCUAUAGCAAAAGGCCUGCUUUGUGAUUUGAUUUGCUUAGCUCCAAAUGUUUUUUAAGAGUUUAAAUUACCCAAAUUAAUGAUUCACAUAAGUGUAUGUAAUUAUCUUUGGAAGAAUGAAUAAUUUUCCAGCUGCUUCCAAUUAACGUCUAUCACUUACAAAAGAGAUGAAAUGCAUUUUUCUGGAAGUUGAAAUACUGUUACCUUACUGUUUUGGUCCUUCCACAUGUAUGUAUUACAGUUUUGGCCUUCUGAAGUGAUUAAAAAAUAACAGGGUCAAGAUUAUAAACUUGUUAGGUCAGUUCCUGGACUGAGCACUUGCUAAAGACAUGUUACUAUCUGAGGUGGAGUAGUAAAUAGCAAUUCCUUCCAUCCACUUCACCGGCUCCAACUCAUGUACUCAAAGGUAGCUUAUUUUGGAAUAUGAGUCAGAAAAUUCUGUGAGUACCUCUCCCAUCCAUAGCAAUAAAAAGAGCAACAAUAAUGCCUUACAAUAAUAAACAGUUUGCUGCUUUUCAUGUUGUCCCAAAUUAGUCUCUUGAGACAGCCUCUCUCUUUUUCAUGGUAAGACCAAUCUUGUUCAAAGACUUUUGGAAAUGUCUUACUCUCACCUUGGCACAGAAUUAACUUUUUGUUUUUUGUUUU